UAUUUGAUUAAUUGAAUACGUUUUAGAAAAAAAAGGUUCUUCUUAAAUACAGUAAUCGACUACAUCUCCCAUGAUGCUGUAGGAUGUUUCCGGAUUUUACAUCUCCUGUCACGUGACAGUCAACCAUGGCUACCCUCUCGUAAUGAUGUACAAUAGAUAAAAACAGGCUCUUUCGAUACUUUAAUUAUUGGAUUUGCCUACUCAAACAAGUCGGACUAACAAUGCAGAAAAUUAAGUCUCUUAUGGCCCGUCAGGGCCUGAAGAGUCCUCAAGAGAGCAUGGCUGACCUCAGUCCUGUGGAGAAUCUGAGAAUCCCCAGCAAGGAGGAGUUACGGGAGCUGAGACAGCAGCCCAUUGACCCCCAGGCCGAACAAGAAAUCAUUGACAGCAUUGGGGAGGUCUACUUCUCCAACGACUCCUUUGACAUGGUGCAGCAUGAACUGGAGAAACUCCCGCCUGAGCUGAACUUACAGGAGCUGGAAGAGUAUAGAGAUAAGCUGAAGAGACAACAAGCAGCAGUUUCUAAAAGGGUUGCCGAUCUCAUUCUGGAGAAACAGCCUUCCUAUGUUAAGGAGCUAGAGAGGGUGACGGCAUUACAGACCAACCUGCAGCUGGCAGCAGUGAUUUGCACUAACGCAAGAAGGCAACUCAAUGUGGCGAAAGCAGGGUUUACAGAGGCCAGCCUGGGUCUGCUAGCCAAUCAGAGGAGGCGACAACUGCUGACAGGCCUGCUCAAAUCUCUGAGGACCAUCAAGACCUUGCAAAGAACAGAUGUAAGACUGAGUGAGAUGCUGGAGGAGGAAGACUAUCCAGGUGCCAUCCAGCUUUGCCUGGAAUGCCAAAAGGCUGCCAGCACCUUCAAACACUACAGCUGCAUAAGUGAGCUGAAUUCAAAGCUACAAGACACUUUGGAACAAAUAGAGGAGCAGCUUGACGUCGCCCUGUCGAAGACUUGUAAGCACUUUGAUGUUUUGCACUACACCAAAGUCCAGAUGGCCUACACACUCCUGGGAAAAACACAGACCGCUAUGGACCAGCUACACAUGCACUUCACCCAAGCCAUCCAUAAUACGGUGUUCCAAGUGGUGCUGGGAUACGUCGAGCUGUGUGCCGGCAAUGCUGACACCAAAUUCCAGAAGAUGCAGUAUAAAGACCUGUGCACGCACAUCACCCUUGACAGCUACAUUCCCUGCCUGACCGAUCUUUGCAAAGCUUUGUGGGAGGUGAUGCUGAGCUAUCACCGCACCAUGCAGUGGCACGAGGAGCAGGACAAACAGGAGACCACGCCCACUCCAGAUGAGUCCGACGAGUUGACUGUGGAUCGCAGCUACGUCAAAAAGAAGUUGGAGCACGGACUCUCACGGAUCUGGCAGGUUUGUCUCCUCUGUUGUGUUUUUAUUUUUAUUUUUUCUAUCUCCACCCAACUCUUUUUUUCCUUCAGAUUCCAACUCCACAAAGUCUUCUUGCACAAAUCACACCGUUCUAAUCUCCCUCCACAGGACGUCCAGCUGAAAGUGAAGUCUUACAUCCUGGGAACGGACAUGUCCAACUUCAAAUAUGACGAUUUCAUUGUGGUUCUGGACGUCAUCAGCAGGUUGAUGCAGGUUGGUGAGGAGUUCUGUGGCAGCAAGUCUGAGGUCCUGCAGGAGUCGAUCAAACGCCAGAGUGUUAACUACUUCAAAAACUAUCACAGAGCACGUCUGGAGGAGUUGAGGAUGUUUCUUGAGAAUGAGACGUGGGAGCUUUGUCCAGUCAAGUCCAACUUCAACAUCGCCCAGCUCCAUGAGUUCAAGUUCAUGGGCCAGUGUCGCUCUCCAUCCAUGUCCCCGAGCAGACAGGCGGCGUCCUCCUCCUACGCAGCCCGGGAGGAGCUGUCGCUGUUCCAGCAGUUCCUUCAGGACGGGAACCCCUUUGAGAUGCACAUCGAGCAGAAAGAAGAGGAGACGGAGGACGUGCUGGCCUCUAAUGGGUAUGAGUCGGAUGAGCUGGAGAAGAGCGUGUAUCAGGAAUACGACAGCGACAGCGACGUCGCCGAGGAGCUCAAGCAGGACUAUGUUGACGAGCAGACAGGUGACGCCCCUCUGAAGAGCGUAUCCCGAGAGACGAUAAGAAGCAAGAGAAAGUCCGACUACUGUCUCAAUAAGGCAAAUGCUCCAAUCCUCACCAACACCACCCUCAACGUCAUUCGACUCGUCGGCAAAUACAUGCAGAUGAUGAACAUCCUCAAACCGAUUGCUUUUGAUGUCAUCCACUGUGUGUCCCAGCUGUUUGACUACUACCUUUACGCUGUGUACACCUUCUUUGGACGCAACGAUAUGUAUGAGUCAUCAGGUCUGGGCCUCAUCAGCAGCAGGCUGAGAACCACGCUGAACCGGAUCCAAGAGAGCCUCAUUGACAUGGAUCCCGUCGGGGAGAACGCAGGAGUCCACGGCCCGACGGAGGACCGGAAGGAGAAGGUGCCCAGCCCCCACCUCAGCCAACUGGUGGUUCUCACGAACAGUGAGACGCUCUACGGUCUGGCUCAGAGGGUGGUGGCCACCGAGUCUCUAGCAUUUCUGGCUGAGCAGUUCGAGUCCCUGCAGUCGCAUUUGGAUGCAAUGAUGCCUGCAGCCAAGAAGCCCUUCCUGCAGCAGUUUUAUUCCCAGACGGUGUCUACAGCCAGCGAGCUGCGGAAGCCAAUCUACUGGAUCGUGGCGGCCAAGGCCAUCGACUACGAGCAGAUGCUGCUCAUGAUGGCUGGAGUCAAAUGGGACAUUAGGGAGAUAAUGUCACAGCACAACAUAUAUGUGGACGUCCUGCUGAAGGAGUUUGAGCAGUUUAACAAGCGUCUGGGGGAGGUGUCCAGGCAGGUGCGCAUCCCCCUGCCCGUGUCCAACGUCCUGUGGGAGCACUGCAUCCGCCUGGCCAACAGGACACUCGUUGAAGGAUAUGCUAACGUGAAGAAGUGCAGUAACGAGGGCCGGGCCCUGAUGCAGUUGGACUUUCAGCAGUUCUUGAUGAAGCUGGAGAAGCUGACGGACCUGCGGCCUAUUCCCGACAAGGAGUUUGUGGAAACCUACAUCAAGGCUUAUUACCUGACUGAGAAUGACAUGGAGCAGUUCAUCAAGAACCACAGGGAAUACUCCAUGAAGCAGCUCGCCAACCUGGUCAACGUGUGUCUGGGUUCACAUAUAAACAAGAAGGCUCGACAGAAACUUCUAGCCGCCAUCGACGACAUUGACAGGCCCAAAAGAUAAACUACUGAACGGAUCAUAACUUGUAAACACCUCGAAAGAGACGCCCAGCAUUGAAUGUCUUCAUCUUCAGCUAAAGGAUGCAUUUAUAGCGUAAACCAGUGUCAAGUGAAGCUGACAUGUUGUAAAGUUCAUGUUAAUUCUGUCAUUUAUGGGUAAAAUCCGCUGUAAACUGCUGCUCCUUUACUGCACUCUAUAAGCUGCACACGUGGAUCCUGUCACCUGCUCUCCGCCGCUAAUAUGUUAUUUAUUACAUUUAUCUGUAAAGCGUCAGUGGCAGCUUCUCUAUCUAUCUAUCUAUCCGUUUGUUUUUACAUGAACUGCAUCAUUCAAAAAUAUUUCAGACUCAAAAAAGAAAAAGCAGGCAUGACUCCUUAAAUUGGAUUCACUUCAUAGCUUUGAGGGAAUAUUUCCCCUGAAAAAGCUGCUGGUUGGAGGUUUGAUUGACACAUCGGAUUCACCUUAAUGACUUAUUAUGUAGCUCGCGUCUGCCGUUUGGGCCUAAGGGGUUUAAGUUUUGUUGUGCCUGAUUUGAUAGGUUUUUUUUAGUCCAUAAAUAAAAUAAAUUAAAUAUAAAGAGGAUGAUUCACACAGUAAUAUAGUACAUGGUAUAUAUUCACAGCAGCUGCUUUUGUUAGUUUGCCAUCUGUCACCUCCGAGGAGGAAAUCGCUCGGCAUCCUGGGAGGAGUUUUUCUGGAGCGUCUCAUCUUUCAGUCUGACAUUUGGGAGGAGAAGGUGAAUGGGUCUUAGUUUUCUUUCAGUUUGUAAAUGUACAACCUUCUGAUGUUGGUUUUUGGAACCCAGGGUUUCUAAUAGAAGCUAAAAGGUGAAAUCCAAACAUUAAAGCCAUAGAUGUUCACACUAGUUCUCUAAAAACUGCUUUAGUCUUUGAUAAAAAGAUGCUUUAAAUAGUAAAAGCGAGUUAUUUUUCCAACCUCAUUUUGUUCAUUUGUUGACUUAAAUGUGUCAAUAAAGUUAUUUUAAACGCAAAAAUUGUCUUUAUAUAAAUGCGUAAAAAUCAAAAUAUGUGACGUUAACGCAACUAUAUUAAGUAAACUGAUAGUUUUCAUGACUUAACAAUUUCAUUAUCAUAUUUUGAUUUUUUUUUCUUUUAUUCCUACAAAAUAAAAGUUUAUUUAAAAGAACACAAUAUGGCUUCUAACUUUCAUCUUUUCUUAGUAUAAAUUUGUUUAUUUUCUUAACAACCUAAACAUCAGAAUAUUUGUAGCUGUUUGAAACUACAUUUAUUUAUUUUUUUUUUCAUUGAUAAUAAAAAACCAGCCCUUUUUAAAUGUGUGCUUUUGUUGCGUUUUUUUAAUCAAAGUCCAAUUAAAACAUGAAACUGAGUUAAACUUGAAACAAAUUGAUGGGGUGUUUUUGUGUUAAAAUGAUACUUUUGGCUUUAAUGUUCUGGAUUUUCCAUCAUCUAUGUUAAACUUAAUGAAGAAAAGAGUUAAAACUAGAGUUCUUCCGUAGCUCCGCCUCUUUUCACCUUCCUCCUGACCUGAGCCGUGGUGGCGAUUUGUCAGAUAAAUUAUCAUUAUUCAUGAAGACAAACUUUCAGGUUUUGAGGCAGCUUUGAAAUGUUUAUGGACUUCAAAUGUGAAUGUUUCACCUGGUUUAUUUAUUUCUUGCCUUUUUGUUUUUUUUUGUAUUGAUCAGUAGUGUUCAGUCAUUUCUCACCUCACCUGUAACUUAAUCAAAUAGUUAAAAACGUCCAAACGUGUUGAUUGUGGAGUGCACUAUAGCAGAUUCCUGUAACUGUACCACCUUGAUUCUCAUAAAUACACUAAAACAUGAAUGUUUAUUCUCUGUAUUUACUCACUUUAUCUUUGUAAUGUGUUGAAGAACAUUAAACAUUGUUUGAAACUGA